AUGUACGCCGUAGUCCUUUUAGGUCGAAGAGUUUUGAAGGGGCCUUUUUGUUUCCCUGUUGUUUCUCGUACUUUAUGUUGUCAGAGCUCAAACGGUGAUGAUAUGGAUAGUGGGUUUGGGCGCAUUGAGGAUUUUCUCAACGAAUCAUGGAAAAUGUCGAAAGAUGGGGAGGAGGAAAAGGCGUCAAAUUUGCACGAUUCACUUGGUCUUGAGGGCAAUUUCUGCGCGAGAAAAGGGUUUAUUGAUAGCGUGAAAACGGACGCCGCACUAGUUCUCGAAGUUCUUCACCAGGACGGGCCGGGCUUCGAUGUGAAGCCCGUCCUGAGUGAAUUGGGCUUGAGGGUUUCGGGUCUUCUCGUGAGAGAAGUUCUUUUCCGCAUAUUGAGAGAAAUAAACUAUGUUAACAAGAACAGAUGCGCGAAGCUGGGGUACAAAUUCUUUGUGUGGUCUGGUGAGCAGGAGAACUACAAGCACACAGUUAGCAUUUACCACGUGAUGAUGGAUAUUUUUGCAGAGUCCGAGGAAUUCAAGGCAAUGUGGAGAUUAGUCGAUGAAAUGACCGAAAAAGGGUACCCCACCACAGCCAGGACUUUCAAUAUACUGAUAUGCACCUGUGGUGAAGCUGGUAUAGCUAGAAAGAUUGUGGAGAGGUUCAUUAAAUCCAAGACUUUUAACUACAGGCCGUUUAAGCAUUCGUACAGCGCAAUUUUGCAUUCUCUCUUGACCAUGAAUCAAUACAGACUCGUCGAGUGGGUUUAUCAGCAGAUGCUAGCCGAGGGCCACACGCCCGAUGUUUUCACCUACAACAUCAUCAUGUGUGCGAAGUUUCGGCUCGGAAAGCUCGAGCAGUUUCACAUACUACUCGACGAAAUGGGCCGAAGUGGAUUCUCGCCGGAUUUCCACACAUUCAAUCUUCUCCUACACGUUCUUGGUAAAGGGGACAAGCCUUUAGCUGCGCUUAAGCUUCUGAAUCACAUGAAAGAAGUUGGAGUCCAGCCUGGCAUUCUCCACUUCACGACGCUAAUUGACGGGCUGAGUCGGGCAGGUAAUUUGGAGGCCUGCGAGUAUUUUUUCAACGAGAUGAUGACAAAGCACGGGUGCCUCCCGGAUGUCGUUUGCUACACUGUCAUGAUAACGGGCUAUGUCGUGUCGGGCAAUUUCGAUAGUGCACAGAAGAUGUUUGAUGAAAUGAUCAAAAGAGGUCACUUACCUAACGUUUUCACGUAUAAUUCGAUGAUACGUGGGCUCUGUAUGGAGAGGAGGUUCGAGGAGGCCUGGUUGAUGCUGAAGGGAAUGGAGUCGAGAGGCUGUAACCCUAAUUUUCUCGUGUACACUACUUUGGUUGGGUACCUGCGAAAUGCGGGAAAGCUGCGCGAGGCUCAUGAGGUUAUAAAGCAUAUGGUGGAGAAGGGGCAGUACGGUCAUUUGCUGUCGAAAAUCAAAAGAUACAGGAGAUGUUGA